UCGUGCCCUCCAAUUUCCUUUUGCAUGGGGCCCCCAAAGUCCCUUGAAACGCCCCUAGAUCUUGGGUUUGUGCAUAAUUUAGCGCAGCACAUCAUUAAAAUAUGGACUAUCUGCAGCUGAGAUGCAAAUUUGAUUUCUACUGCCGUGUUUCGACUACAGGUCGCUCAUCAACUGUACAGAAACCCAUAUAAAACUUUAAAAUGCCUAAUAUUUAUUAUUAUUUAUUAUCAUCCAAGACAAUUUUUUUGUCUUGGAUAUAUAACAACAUAAGAAUGCUUGUAACACUUAUGAGACUUUACAGAGAGGGUUUAUAACUUGACAUGGGUUUAUUGCUUGUUAUUAUAUCACAAACUCAACAAAAAAUAUAAUAUAUAUUAAUAUGUUAUCAAUAAAUAAUAAUCUCCAGAAUAACUGAAAUCAGAAAAUGUUUCAUUGUUCCAGUGAAAGAUCCACUUACUAAUAACUUGUAAAAACUAGUGCCUCAUUAUUGGAUAAUUAACAGCAGACUUAAUAGCUCACUCUGCUAUAAAUAAACCCCCAUAAUUAAUUAUGAAAGGCUUCUACUCAUUAUCACCUGCCACCAUUGCACCUGAUUGCUGUUGUGGAAACAACUACAGGUAUUGUAAUGCACACACAUUCCCAGUAGAUAGAGCCAUUACACAAAAGUAGUGGGACAACGUUUGCCCACAGAUGAGGAUCUUUUUUGGAAACACUUCAAACCCACAUCUGAGAAACAAAUCAGGAGUGGAAACACAGUGAACAGGUUCAUCUUAUGUCAAUAAAGCCGUAAUGGAACUUUGCUGGAGGUGUGGGUCAUGUCUUUAUGGUGUGACCUCAUCUCACAUUUUACAGUAUAUAGGGAAGCUGAAAAGGCUGGGCUUGGUACCAUAUAUGGAAACUACUUUGUAAUUGUUUGUAAUUGACUUGUAUUCAUUUGCCUUGUACGUGGGGUUUUGUGUCCUUUGUGUCUACUAUUGGGUUUGGCACAACAUUGGCAACAUAGCUGGCUUAUCAACAUUGUUCAAAUAUCAGACCCAUGUGUAACUGGGGUAAACCAUGUCGGUGCGUUUCUGUUUAUUUUCAGAAGGUGUUUCCUCGGGAUGGAGCGUUUUUUCCUUUAUAAACCUGUUUAUAAGGGCAGGGUUUUAACUUACUUACUUAUUACUUAACUUGUGUCAACUGCUUUAUGGUCCUGUGGAUGCUAUUGCACAACACUGCAUUUAAAAGAAGUGCAGAGCUUGACAGUAAAACACAAGUGAAGCUAUAUUGCUCUACCAGUUUUCCCUGGGGUUGCUGCUGCUGCACAAAUGUAUAGUAUGCCUCUCUUUACCUCUUUACAGAAAUGUUGUCCACAAGUAAUUAAGUGAAUCAGGACUAUCAAAUAACCUGUGAUUAUGUUGAAAGUGCUCGGAGGCUGUGUUUGGGUAAAACUCUUCCCUGACUCAUUCCCAGCAUUAGGCCAUCAAGAAGUUCAGAUGUUGCCUCAGGACACCCCAGUUGUUUUGCGGGAAUCGCUCUGCGUAGCAGCACAUUCUACACCGGUUAUUAUCAUGAAUGUCUGGAUGAAAACAAAAAUGUAUUAUAUCUUUCAUUGCAAUUAUAUUGCAAUGUAAGAUAUAACAAUUUGGCUUACUUAAAAAGGUUGUCAACAAGUUUCCUUACUUUUUGAGUAAAACCAACUUGUUCUGUUUUACAGUGCGCAAUAUUUGCUUCAGCGCUUUAUGUUACUCAGUAUUAGAGGAAACUUUACGAGUAUGGAGAAAGAAAAGAGGAUCAAAAUAACCCCCAAAAUUUUUAAAGUAUGCAAUUGUGUCGUGCCCUCCAAUUUCCUUUUGCAUGGGGCCCCCAAAGUCCCUUGAAACGCCCCUAGAUCUUGGGUUUGUGCAUAAUUUAGCGCAGCACAUCAUUAAAAUAUGGACUAUCUGCAGCUGAGAUGCAAAUUUGAUUUCUACUGCCGUGUUUCGACUACAGGUCGCUCAUCAACUGUACAGAAACCCAUAUAAAACUUUAAAAUGCCUAAUAUUUAUUAUUAUUUAUUAUCAUCCAAGACAAUUUUUUUGUCUUGGAUAUAUAACAACAUAAGAAUGCUUGUAACACUUAUGAGACUUUACAGAGAGGGUUUAUAACUUGACAUGGGUUUAUUGCUUGUUAUUAUAUCACAAACUCAACAAAAAAUAUAAUAUAUAUUAAUAUGUUAUCAAUAAAUAAUAAUCUCCAGAAUAACUGAAAUCAGAAAAUGUUUCAUUGUUCCAGUGAAAGAUCCACUUACUAAUAACUUGUAAAAACUAGUGCCUCAUUAUUGGAUAAUUAACAGCAGACUUAAUAGCUCACUCUGCUAUAAAUAAACCCCCAUAAUUAAUUAUGAAAGGCUUCUACUCAUUAUCACCUGCCACCAUUGCACCUGAUUGCUGUUGUGGAAACAACUACAGGUAUUGUAAUGCACACACAUUCCCAGUAGAUAGAGCCAUUACAUAAAAGUAGUGGGACAACGUUUGCCCACAGAUGAGGAUCUUUUUUGGAAACACUUCAAACCCACAUCUGAGAAACAAAUCAGGAGUGGAAAAACAGUGAACAGGUUCAUCUUAUGUCAAUAAAGCCGUAAUGGAACUUUGCUGGAGGUGUGGGUCAUGUCUUUAUGGUGUGACCUCAUCUCACAUUUUACAGUAUAUAGGGAAGCUGAAAAGGCUGGGCUUGGUACCAUAUAUGGAAACUACAUUGUAAUUGUUUGUAAUUGACUUGUAUUCAUUUGCCUUGUACGUGGGGUUUUGUGUCCUUUGUGUCUACUAUUGGGUUUGGCACAACAUUGGCAACAUAGCUGGCGUAUCAACAUUGUUCAAAUAUCAGACCCAUGUGUAACUGGGGUAAACCAUGUCGGUGCGUUUCUGUUUAUUUUCAGAAGGUGUUUCCUCGGGAUGGAGCGUUUUUUCCUUUUAUAAACCUGUUUAUAAGGGCAGGGUUUUAACUUACUUACUUAUUACUUAACUUGUGUCAACUGCUUUAUGGUCCUGUGGAUGCUAUUGCACAACACUGCAUUUAAAAGAAGUGCAGAGCUUGACAGUAAAACACAAGUGAAGCUAUAUUGCUAACUUGUUCUGUUUUACAGUGCGCAAUAUUUGCUUCAGCGCUUUAUGUUACUCAGUAUUAGAGGAAACUUUACGAGUAUGGAGAAAGAAAAGAGGAUCAAAAUAACCCCCAACAUUUUUAAAGUAUGAAACAAUUCAGUGAAAUUAAUUAGCAAUUUCUCAUGCUACGAUAUUUUAAAGACAUUGAUAAUUGAUAUAAAGCUGCUACAACCAAUAUUUUGGACAAUAACACUGAUCAAAUCACUACAUGUACUGUAAAGCUCAGGAUACGUGCAGUAUGCUACCUGCUUGCGACACACGUUAGCGACUAACUUUUGCAACUAGCGGAAAUCCCAAUCCACGUGAAUGCGUAUGCUGCCCACGUUGUCACAUGUUGCUAACAGCUUUUCCAUAUCAAGAUAAAAGGCAAAAACACAUCAUAAAGAGAUAAAAUUAAAAAUAUGGACAUAACAUUCCAAAUGUUUCAGGUUAGUUAACCUUCAAGCUAAAUUUAGCUCUGCAAUGUGUUGGCCUUGGGUGUGUGGUAUAAGCACAGAGCCAAGAGGAAGUAUCCUUUCUAAAUGGAGAGAUAAAUGUCAGCAGUUAUUAUUAUGAUGAAUCAAUGCCUUGGGUGAAAGUAUUUUUCUUGUUGACACAUAAAUCAGGUGCUUAGAAAUGUGACACCCUUUAACAGUUCCUCAACAAAAUAAACUUUUCCCCCAACCUUUUCAACCCUGAAUCUCAAAAUUCAAUCAGCAAUAAUGUUCCCUGCAAAUAAAUAAAUAAAACACUCCUACCUUACCGUGUGGUUAAAAAAAAAAGGGUUGGACAAGGUGAACACGACAUAGUGGAACAUUAGGCUUGUAUCAAGUUACAGCUAUUAAAUCCUUGAGGUGACUGAUUGAGUAGGAUCCAACUGUUGGGGUAUUCCCCAGUAAAUUACAAGAAGAGGUUUUCUUUCAGUAAAUGAACGGUGUCCGGUAAUUCUUUUAUCCUCAUAUUAGAAUUUUUCAAGUUGUAACAUUUUUUGCUCCUUUUCUGUAAAUCCUGACAGACUUACUGCUCGUUCUUAGUCACAGUUCUUUGCUGUGACACUCAAAUGGAUUUUCUUUACAAAGAUGUGUCAUUGGUGCUGUCACAAGAACAAGAGGGUAGGAGGAUGUUCAAUAUGACUUGUAUGACAGCAAUAUUACACAAGUAAGUUCAGAGAGCUCCGCCUCCAGCUGCUUGUACACUGUAUUUCCCUCUGUCCCUGACUCUGCCUCAGUGCAUUAGACUCUGGAUACCAUCACAGUGAGGAUUGAAUAAACAAGGAAACCUCCUCACCAUCCAUCCAUCCAUCCAUCCAUCCAUCCUACAGCAGGUCUCCCCCGGCCUCACCUGACCCUGCCACUCAGAGGACAGAGAACAGGAGCUCCAGCUGCUGGUGGUGAAGAUGAUCCUGUGGGUUGCCCUGCUCACUGCUCACUGCUGCUUGGGUCUGAAUGGAGCUGCAGCAGAAGGCACAGGACUGGACAGGAUUGAAAAAUGCAGCACCAGGUGUUCUCAGGGCCUUCACUGCAAAGCCAAGCCAGAUUAUAUCUUUCAUCCUCCGUGUCAGGAGGCUGCUGGGGGUCUCAACACGUCCUCCGUGUUCCACAACAUCAGCUUCUCCACAGUCAUGAUGUGUGAGGGCAGGCAGAAGUGCUCACUACAGCUGCGGAUCAAAACUGCAUUACAACUUACAGAGUCCAUCCAGGGCGUGUCAAUCUGCACCAUGACUGCAGGGAUGAUGAUGAGCUGCAGAAUCCUCAAAUUCACCAGAUCGUCGGGGAAGAGAAUGUCUGGGCUGCAGGUGGAAGUUGAAAACGACUGCACUUCCGUUUCUCCGAAUCAAAGGGUGCAAGUCGUGGUGAAAACUCUGCCGAGCUACUGCGGCAUAACCUGGACUGGCACCUACAAUGCUCCAGCAUGCAUCAGUGAAGAUAUGAGAAGACAUGUCCCUGACUGCAUCACUGGCAGGCUAUCGUAUAACGUUAACCCGGUGAGGAAGGAGCUCAGCGUCAGUGUUUCAGAAAUGAUGGAAGAUCAUAACUACAACCUUCGUCUGUGCUACAAAGAUUUCCUCUGCUCCGGCGCGGGGACAAAUUUACUGAUAAAGAAGGAGGAACCUGUGAAGAGCGUCACCCUCCCGUACUCCCGACCUGUGCCCUGCCUCUGCAUCGAGGGGUGGUCAGCGGUGAUGGAUGCCCCCAGAGUCCAGGUCUGCCCAUUCAAAGACCGUCUCAAGGAACUAUGGUUUGGAAUUACCUUUGACCCACUAGAGGAGACGCUGUCCUGGGAGCUUGUCUGCCCAGUCGCGACUGUUGUGGCGUUGUGUCAAACAAGAAAGGACGGCGUGUGUGUGGACCUGCCAAAUGCCUCCCGUAAUGUUAGCAGAGGAAAGAUACGUUUUACUGAAGUGGAUCCACACCCUCAACUGUGCGUAAAGUUUACUGUCGGCUCUCAGUUCUGGACCAGGUGCCCCUUUGCUGAUGGAAGACUCCAAGCAUGGGAUGUGGUUGUGACCAGACAGCGGGAUCGUGAACAAGUGGCAGUGACGUCAAGGAUCAACGCAACAUUUUCCGUGGGGCUGUGUGUGACGUCUGCCGGGCCUGCUGGGUGCCAGAUCAACAAAACACACAGGGUGCAUGUGGGGGAAAAUGAGGCCGUCGGUUUGAACCUGUCAGACGAACUACACAGCUCUUGUGUCCAGGUGAGGAGGCUGGAUGUGAAGUACACUGCCACGGUCAUCCACUGUGUUGAGCAACGCAAUCGGACCGCACAUCGCAGACACGUCGUCGCCGGUGGAACCUCCUGGGACUUGAUCUGGGCCUUUGUGCCAGUCGGAGUCUGCCUCUCUGGCAUCAUCAGCGUCACUCUGCUGCUCCAUGUGCUGCUGACUGUGUAUCUGAGGAGGAGAAAACAAAGAGGAAAUGAAAAGCAAAAAGAUCCUCCUCACGACUGUGUGGUCCCUGCAACUCAUCAACACGGAGGGAUCCUCAUCCCUGAUUCGCCGCUGUGUGGGAACACGGAGAAGGCCAACUUACUCUCAGAAUAACCAGAGGAGCGGUGCUGAGGUCACAAACAACUCAAACAACUAAACAAGUUCUCUGUUGAAUGCAAUGCCAGCAUUGUGGGAUUAAAUAUCCAAAUAUUAGCCUGUGUCUGUUCGUGUCUAUGUGCUGGUUAUUAUGCUUGUUUGGGGCGAAAGUUACAGUGCGUGUUGUCAUGUUUUAAGUUAAAAUGUUCAUUCAGCUUGCAGCUAAACCUUUCUCUUCCUUAUUUAAAUUUAUAUUUUCAAUAAAAAAAUGCAAAGAAAACUA